GUACGAAGUAUUUUUCAAUUUCAGUCUUUCUCCAACAUUCUAAACAUCGAAAAGUUUUAUUAAUCGCUACAAAAACUGUGUGCAUUGGAAUGCGAAUUAUUCUGGUGUUUUUGGAUUUUCUCAUGAAAUUGUUCGACCAGUUUGAUAGCCACUGAUUGUGCAGACAAAACGUUAGGAUUUGUAACUAAGUUGUUUACAUACCGUUGACUUUAAAGAGUCAAUCAGUUUCAGUAAUAGUAUUCGCGUUUUUCCAAGUAACAGCCGGUGAGACCUUGUCUUAAAAGCAAUUAUCUAGUGACCAAGUUGAUGAUGAUGAACAGACUGAUCGUUGAGUGGAUUACCAUGCAGUUGGAAAUAAUUAACUGAACAUUGGAAUUAUUUGUCAUUGCAUUUAUUUGCACAUCACCAAGGAUAUAUUCAAAAUAUCACAAAUGAAUUGCAGCAAAACGGGUGGAAAAAACAAAAUGAAUUGCAAUCAUACGGAACUAGAAAUCAACACGUCAAACUGCACGAAUACAGACGCAUACGCUUACGGCAUUUCAAUCGACAUUGGAUGGUUUAACGAAUGGAUUGUAUGGGAAGGUGGAAUCGCUUUCAACACUGUCUAUUGGCUACUCAUUUUACUCAUUUCCUUCAUUGUUCUCCAUAUCCUCCGCUGGAAAUUCAAUUGCCGGCUCCUCACCGAACGCUUAGACGGACUAGAAGAUCCCCCACCACCUGUAGAACGAACCAGCCAUUGGGUAGAUUGGCUGAAUUUCUCCAUCGAUGAAGAAGCAAUCGGCAAAGAUGGAGCCACUUUUCUCUGGUUUCAAUACCGAUUGAUCCAAAUCGAAUUACUCAGAAUGGCCCUCAGCAUCGUUCUGAUAAUUAUGCAUUUUCAUAGCGACAAAUUGGGUGAAAGGCCCAACAAAACUCUUCGUUCUACGGGUCUUUACAACAGUGGCAUUAAUGGGACUCACGGUGUCAUCUGCAGCGCAAUUCUAACAGUGUUGGCUUGGCUGAUGAGGAAGCACGGACAACAUCGCUUUAUCCGCGCAUUGGCCAGUCACGACGUUGAUAGCUUUUCGAGCAUUUGUAAUCGCAGGUGGCUCAUGAUUACUGGACUUCCAAUUAGCACAACUGUCGAUUCGCUAUUGGAAUAUUUGAUGUGCACGUUUGAAAGCAGUUUUAGUGCGAAAGGUAUUCACAGGGAACAGAUUGUGAUGGCCCAUGAUCUGAGUAAGUUGUUGCCUGUGGUCGAUCGGUUGGAUUUCAUUAGGAAUGUUAAGUUGCAGAUAAAUCGAAAAGCAAACAAAGGAAAAAUUUUUCAACGAAGAUUUUGGGAUUUUAAAUCUUACUUUAAAAAAGUUGACGCCUUUUCUUACUACAAUAAGGCGGAAGAAAUGCUCGCAAUAGAAAAAGACAAAAUCAUCAACAAUUUGGAAUUUACUGGAACAGUUUUCAUUCGUUUUGACAGCCCAUCCGAAGCAAAAGCGACAAAGAUCGCCAUCACAAGAUACCAAUCCAAUUUAUUUUGGAAGAGAGGACAGCUGAAGAACAAUCAAUUCCAACCAUCUCGAUGGACAGUUCGAUACGCUCCGCCCGGCUCGGAUCUCAGUUGGAUCCACAUGAAAAAACCACGACCCAUGUGGAUGACGAUGGCAGUGUGGCUCAGAUUGGCCAUCAUUUAUUCAAUUUACAUAUUCAUGAUGGCCGCACCUGCCUCUAUAGUCCGCUGGCUCCACCUGGAAGGUCACGGCCUGGAUCACGGUUCAGUUUUUUGGAAUCGAUUCGUUUUACCCACUUUGGUCUCAUUUUUUACCACCAAAUUGACCAACUGGGUAACGCAACAAGAUCAACACAGACGUCAUUUAACUGUGACUAAGGCAAGCCUGGCCAGUUUUCGAUCCAUCUGCUUUUUGGAGAUCAUUCUCUACCUGGUGCGAAUGAUGGCCAGGAAACCCCUGCCUUUAUUACUGGCGGGCGACUUCCACAGAGACGAUUUCCGGCUGGAGUGCCUCUUCUUCCCAGUGCACGGUAGUUUCGUGGCCUGUUGCAUCAUCGUCAACACCAUCGGUGGAAUAUUACUGAAUCAUUUACGCUUCGAUUUCCUCUUGUCUUAUGCGAAAAAAUGGUUUACAUUUCGAUCAGAAGAAGAAAAGAAUGUCUACAUUACCUCGUAUAGAGCCGAAUAUGAUUUUGCAUCCAAUUACGCUGAAUUAGUCAGCAAUUUCGCUCUGACGAGUAUUUUUAUUAUGAUUUUCCCAGUGAUCAGCCUAGUCUCGUGUGUCUUUUCGAUCCUGCGAUUCUUAAGCGACAGGGCAGCGCUAACUCAAAUUUAUCCCGUCAGUCAAAUUGGCCACAAUUUACAUCGGGAAUCGAUUAAUAUGGCGCUGAAAUUCGGCAUUGCUUCACCAUUGACCUUACUUAUCUAUCGAAGAUUUCAAAUCGGACCCAACAGAAACUUACUCGAUCCUGGCAUCGUAGCUCCGUUGUGUUUGACGAUCCUCUAUUUAACGUAUUUGAUUUAUGCUCACUUUAAAUCGAGGGGUGUCCUGCCGAAAUGGUUCCGUCGUUUGCUGAGAAUCCGACCGAGAAAUGCACGUGCGAAUGAAGAAGAUGAAGAGGACGUGAUUGAUUCAAUGAGUAAUACUCAGAACGAGUAUGAUCCAUUAGCCCAAAUUCGAGAAGACGACCUGUGCAAGGCUCAAGUUUAGUUUAGAAAAUCAAUUUGUAAGACAAGUUUGCCGUAUAUGGCCAGAUACUGUGUAAAGAACAGUUUGUUUUUUUUCGAUAACAAGUUGUAAUACAAAGAAAUUCACAUUUUG